UCGGGUAUAUAAAGAGACCCUAGGUAGCCGCGCGCACAUUUAGCGUGGUCGCAUAAAGUGGAGAGUGAAAAAACAAAAUUUUUCCUAACGUCAGGAUGAAAGCUGUACUCUCCAUUGCUCUUUUGGUGUGCCUGAUGGCUGUGUUCCAUUGCCAGGCCCAGGAAGUCACAUGCCCAGAUGAGGCACCGAGAGAAGGCGACGAGGCGAUUCUGUUUCCUCAUCCUACUAACUGCAAUCACUAUUUCGUUUGUGACUUUGGCCGACCGAUCGUAAUGAAGUGUCCUGACGAUUUACACUUCAACCCCGAUAAAAAAGUUUGCGAUUUCCCCUGGCAAGCUGGGUGCACAGCCAAUGAAGCUUAAAUAAUUUAUAUCCAUAAUUUACGUUAUAUUGUAUGUUUGUAAAAUCAUGUAACAACACAAAAUCAUUUUUUGGCUGUACAGCAUGAUACAAUUAUAUACAUGAACACAUAUUUAUAUGAGCAGUUUAUACGUACAGUUUUUCAAGAAUAAAUUUAUGUUUAUCUAUUA